GAGCUGGUACUCCACUGCCCCAUCCCUGGUGUGGGGCUAAUGCCAGCCCUGCCUGGCAGUGUGUUCCCCGGACCCAGGCUGACUUGGAACACACUGUGUUCCAAGCCCAUGCUGUGCUUUCCAAGGCUGGAGACAGCACUGCCAGCAGCAUUGUGGGGAGCUGCUGUAUGGAUGCUCCCUGGCAGGGAGACACUGGCCUCAGCUUCAUCCUCAGGGGAGCUCUGAACCACCUGGGCUCUUCCACCUGAUCCAGCCACCUGAUUUCCCAUGCAAAUGCUCACUUGUCUUUACUCUUUCCCAGCUCACAUCUGUGGCCAGAGGAGUCAGUGCCCACUUGGGCACCUCCCUAUCAGUGCUGUGAUGGCAGCAGGAGGAGGGAAAUCCCUUGGGAGGAAUGGCUGAGGGACGGGAGCAUGGGUGAAGGGCCUGAUCCUGCCUCUGUAUGGCUGUGCUCAGCCCAGUGCUGGCUCAGAGACAUGGCCAAGCCUCCCCCGAGUGCCCUCCCUGCCCCUUGGCAGAGAUUCUCCUGCCCCAGUUACUCCACACAAGCCAGCUGGAGCCCAGCCAGUCACCACGGGCUGGCUCCAUGCCCGUCUCUCUCCAUGUUUCCCCCUUCUGUCCCAUGCCACGUGCUGGAUCCUGGGAGAUGAGCUAUGCCAGGGACCCCACCGUGGUUUGCUGACAGCUCGUAGUUGUCCCCCCCCUCCAUGAUCAUUGCCAGCCCCAUGAGACAGAUGUAACUGCUCCCUUGGGAACAUGGGGAGAAGCAGGACUGCUGAAGGCUGGGACAAGCUCCAUCAGCUUGGCUGAGGGUCUGCAGAGCAGGUGACACAGGAUGGUUGCCCACCUGCUGUGGCAGUGGGGUUUUAGCUGAGCUCAGGGGGCUGGUAGAUCCGUGUCUCUCCAGUGAGAGGCCAGAUGGGCAGGUCUCCCUGCUCCAGUGCUUGCCAAGUGGUGUCGGCUUUUCCUCUGCACGAGCUCUGCGUGUUUGUGCUCAUGGUUAUCUCCCCAUUUCCUCCCCUGUCGGAUGUUUCCUGCCCCUCUCCCUCCCUUUUGCUGGCUUUGCCCUUUGUGUCAGGCUUAUUUCCUGGCUCUGGGCAGUGUCAGACCUCAGUGUUCCCCCUUCCCACCAUGAUGGCAACACGCAGCCCUGUGUCCUUUCACUGGGUGCAGCACAGUGCCCCAGGGGACACUUGUAAUGCUGGCUCCACCAGCUAGCCAUUCCUUGGGAGCACAGGCAAGCUUGGACAGAGUAAGGGUCAUUUAGGAUCUAUCUGCUUUUAGCAGCUGGUCCAUCUCUAUUCUGCAGCUGCAGCACAGGUGCCAACUGGACCAGUCUGCUGCCACAGGGGACUGUUUGGUCCAGAAGUAGGGGAAGCUGAACAACCCCUGGGGACCCUUCCUGGGGCUGCACAAGGACACGGGAACACGUCUGGGGACUUCCAGGGAACAUGGGUGGGGAGGAUUUGUCACCCAAAGCAGCUCAGAUGGACUCCACCAGCCCCUCAGGAGCCAUAGUAGCAUCUGGGGGCAAACAUCUCUGCUCUGGGGAGCCCAGCAGCUCUCCAGGCUCCAGGGAUUGACCUCGGUGGGAAAGGCCCGUAAUUCCCAGGGUCUUCCACCAGCUGCCUUCUUCCAGACUACUGUCCACUGGCAAAGACUUACUGCACCAGGAAUUGGAGUCAGGCAGGUGCAUGGUUUGGGACAGGAGCAGUGAGGACGUGGAGAGUCCUAACCUGACUUGCCAAGGUCAGGGCAAGACCCACUUUGCAAGGGACCCUCCCAUGCCCAAGUGGGGCAAACGGCAGUGGGCAGAGCCCCUGUGAAAGGCAAAGCCUGCUACAGGAGGAGAGGGUCGAAAAAAGGAAACAGGGAACGGAAAAGGGCUGCUCCUGUGACAGCAGUGCAGCUGUGGAGGUGGAGCAGCAGGCAGAAGGCAGGUCACAAACAGCCAGCACACGAGGAAGUGCUGGGACACCACCCAGCGUGGCCAGGGCGGGCGGCCACAGCAGCUCCAGGUGCAGCAGAUCUUCACUGGCCAGGGAGGGACCAGGAGCAGAGGCAACCAGAACUGCAGGGACCUCCACCAGGACCUGGAGAUCCCUUUGGCAGGAGUCAUCUUCCAGCCAAAACUUCCUUCUGCCAAGUUGGUCAGAUCCUGCUUCCUCUGGAAGUCCCCCCUGCUCUGCUGGGGGAAGGCACCAUGGAGGCAGCAGCUUUACCAGCUUUGCACAGACUUAACCCAAGCACCUGAUAAAGGGUUUGGAGAAAAUCCCUCUUGAGGAAGAAAACUUAACCGUCUUCGUUUGACGAGCUGGGGUUUAACUGAACCCUGGGAUCUCCAGAGGUGCUACCUGCCACUCCUUGAGGAAGUGGAUAUCAGACAGACAUCUCAGCAGCCUCUUCCAGACUGUCAUCUUCUCACACAGCUGAACUCUGCCAAACUGCCCCCCACUUCUCUCUGGGCAGGGAGGGGACCUCAGCGUGCCAUCAGCACAGGCUGGAAUGUGCCCUCCCUGGUGACAACCACCAAGGGACACCUUUCCCGAGCAUCAGUGUCCAUGCAGGAGCAGAGGGCUGGCGGGAGCACCGUGCUGUCUCGUCCUUGCGUGGAGGAUGUCUCACUGGGGCUGCAGAGGCAUCAGUCCCAUUUAAAACUGGGUCGACUCAACAGGAUCUAGGACAGGGAGGCCCUCCAGGUCACACUCAACGAUGUCACUGUCUGUGCGCCCGCAGCGCAGAGUCCUCGUCACCAAGAUCAAUAGGAGCCAGUCCUUUGCCGGAGUGAACUCAUCGGCCGACCGGCCCUUCAGGAACCUCUCGCCCUUCACCCCCACUGUUUCCCGCAAGACUGGCUCCAGGGUCAGUAGGAUGUUCUCAAUGUCCCACAAAUCCCCACCACCCAAGGUGCCUCAGCCCAACCGCCUGGACGAGGUGUAUGAAGCUCUCAAGAAAGGCCUGACAGCCUACCUUGAGGUGCACCAGCUGGAACUGGAGAAGCUCAGCACCCAGAUCCGUGAGUCCAAGAGGAAUUCACGCCUGGGCUUUCUCUACGAUCUGGAUAAGCAAGUCAAGUCCAUUGAGCGCUUCCUGCGUCGCCUGGAGUUUCAUGCCAGCAAGAUAGAUGAGCUGUAUGAGGCUUAUUGCAUCCAGCGGCGGCUCCGGGAUGGAGCCCACAACAUGGUCAAGGCUUACAGCACGGGCUCGCCAGGCAGCCGGGAGGCACGGGAGAGCCUGGCCGAGGCCAGCAAGGGCUACAAGGAGUACACAGAGAACAUGUGUCUAUUGGAGAAUGAUCUGGAGAGCCAGCUGGGCGAGUUCCAUGUCCGGAUGAAAGGACUGGCAGGCUUUGCCCGGCUUUGUGCUGGUGACCAGUAUGAGAUCUUCAUGAAGUAUGGACGGCAGCGUUGGAAGCUGCGGGGGCGCAUCGAGGUGAACAGCAAGCAGGUGUGGGACAGCGAGGAAAUGGUUUUCUUGCCCCUCAUCACCGAGUUCCUCUCCAUCAAGGUGACAGAGCUAAAGAGCCUGGCCAACCAUGUGGUGGUGGGCAAUGUAUCCUGCGAGACCAAGGACCUCUUUGCGGCUCUGCCCCAGGUAGUGGCUGUGGAUAUCAAUGACCUGGGCACCCUCAAACUCAGCCUGGAGGUGACCUGGAACCCCUUUGACAAGGAUGACCAGCCCUCAGCAGCCAGCACCGUCAACAAGGCGCCCACAGUGAACAAGAGAUUCUCCACCUACAACCAGAGUCCGCCUGACACGCCGUCCCUUCGGGAACAGGCGUUCUAUAACAUGCUGCGGCGCCAGGAGGAGCUGGAGAACGGCACAGCCUGGUCCAUCUCCUCCGAGUCCUCGGACGACUCCUCCAGCCCCCAGCUGUCCGGCAGCGCCCGCCAUGCCGCCCACAAGCCCAUCGUGCAGCCCGAGGUGCAGGCCUCCGCCCCAGCCAUCGAGAUCUCCUUCUCCCAGCAACCAGAAGAGGCCGAGACUGGCCUUGGGACCAGUGGCAGCAGCGUCUCCCCUUCCGGGAGCCAGCCAGAGGAGUCGGGCAGCCGUAAGAAGGAUACAGUGGCCAACGGGCACAUGCCCUACUCCCGGACUCUGAGCCACAUCAGCGAGGCCAGCGUGGACGCCACAAUGGAGGCCAAGGCUGUGGAGAGCCCCUGGGAGCCCAUGCCCAGCCCAGAGGACACAGGGAUGGGCGAGCAAGAUGCAGACUCUCUCCCUGGCGCCGCGGUGGCAGCAGCUGUGGCAGGGCAGGACAGGGACGCUGAGGCCAAGCCCCGAGCCUCUGCGGCGUGGGCCACCUCCUGUGAGGUGGAGGCUGGCAGAGCCGAGCCAGUGCAGAGCCAGGCGCCAGCACAGGGUGGCUGUGACACCGAGGUCCCCGCAGCGCUGGCACAAGCCUCUGUGGAGGAGAGGCCUGUCCCCACCCCACCGCUGCCUGCCAGUGCCCCCGAGGUGCCACAGGGGAAGGUGGUGGAUUCAGGGCUGGAGGAGGCAAUCAGCCUUCUGGGCUCAGCCCUGGAGGACUAUCGGGGGCAGUUCCCAGAGCUGCAGCCCCUUGAACGGGAGCUCAAGCGUCUGGAGGAGAUGCUGCUGCAGAAGCAGGGUGUCUUCCUCAGCCGGGCUUCCAGCAUCAGCCUGACAGUGGAGCACGCGCUGGAGAGCUUCAGCUUUCUCAACACCUCUGACAUGGAGGAUUCAGAGGGCUCUGAGGAGGAGCCUCUCCAAGAUGAGAGGAAGGCUGGCAGACCCCUGCGCAGCACCCGGGCCCCCAGCACCGGCGAGAUGGGGGCAGAUGACACUGGAAUGUGCAGCGGCUCUGAGGCCAGCACCGACCCCAUGAGCACCGGCAACGAGUUCCUGGAUAAGGCUCUGGUGCUUCACCUCAACAACUGCAACUGCCUGCUGCUGAAGCUGGGCACCUUCGGUCCCCUGCGGUGCCAGGAGAUGUAUGCCCUGGACAGGCUGCUGCGGGAGUCGCAGGUGCUGGAGAUCGUGUGCCAGCUGACGGAGGAGCGUGCGGGAGCAGCCAGCUCGGCCGCUGAUGUGGUGCAGUUCUCGACGCGGAAGGAGGGCGUGCUGCCUCUCUGGGACCUUUGUGUAGAAGUGCCCAACGUCUACACCUGCUCCGUGGAGCGGUUCCUGCAGGUGCUCAGUGCCCAGUAUGCAGCGGCCAUCAGUGAGCAGCACCCUGGUUUGGCUGAUGCUGUGUGUGUGAAACUGGUGGAGGACGUGCUGAACCGGCGGCUGCCCCGGCGGCCUGGGAGUGCCCAGAGCGAGCAGGUCACCAUCUUCCAGUACUGGAGCCACUUCGAGUCGCUCGGCACCCUGGUGCUUGACACCUACAUGAUGGAGCUGGCAGAGGAAGCACUGCUGGCACAGAACCUCAACUCGGACGACCAGGACGUGGUGCUGCGUGCCCUGAAGCGUGUGCCCGAGGCCCGUCUGAAGAAGGAGGGACUGAAGGCGCUGAGCCUGCUCCUCGUGGAGGGCAACAGCAAGGUGGUGAGCGCCGUGUCAGCCCAGCUCCGCAGCCUGGCAGAAAACCCCCGCUUCCGCCAACGGGCCCUUGUGUGCUUCCUGGAGCAGCUGGAGGAUGAGGAGGUGCAGACGCGCGUGGCGGGGUGUGCGGCACUGGGCUGCCUGAAGGCCAAGGAGAGUAUUGAGCAGCUGGUUUACCUGUGCCAAACCGACAAAGAGCCCGUGCGGGAGGCAGCCAAGCAGAGCCUGAUGCUGUGUGGGGAAGAUGGUAAAUCAGCUCACCGGCGGCUGGAGGAGACCCUGGACAGCCUCCCACGGAUCUUUGCACCAGCCAGCAUGGCCAGUACAGCUUUCUGAGACCCACGCACGCCCACCUGCCAUCCCUGAGGGCACAGGCACCGCCGGGCCGCCCGGGCUUGCACGGACUGGGGACCCGGCAGCUCCCGCUCUCGGCACCACACCGCAGUAUUACCCCCGCCGGCAGCUCGC